UAACUUGGCAGAAAAGGAUGCAAUAGCCGACAUAGGUACUAGGCUGUACCUGUCAUUCUCUGCACACGUAUUGGCCACUCGAUCCACGUAUGUACUUGUAGUCUUGUACCCCAAAGUCGCCUUCUUUAUAUAUUCAACUCCCUACAAAGAUAACCCGUGAAUCACACACCACAAGAGCCAUGAUUGAUUCAGCGAGUUUCCUCGAAGAGAAUAGAGGUAGUAGAGGAAGAGGGUUUAACAGGAUGAAGCCAGGGGAUGUUUUAACUCACCUGGGAUCCAUAGUUGCUAGUUUGAUGUUCGUUUGGGCUCUGUUUCAGCAGUACUUCCCAUACCAACUCCGCCACAACAUAGAUAAAUACUUCCAGAGGGCCUUCUCCUUCGUCUACCCUUACAUCCAAAUCACUUUCAGUGAAUUCACAGGCGAGCGUCUGAUGCGCAGCGAGCUCUACUCCGCUAUCGAGAACUAUCUUAGCUCAACUUCAUCGACCCAAGCCAAGCGGCUGAAGGCCGACGUACUGAAGAACAAUCAGUCCUUGGUGCUUAGCAUGGAUGAUCACGAAGAGGUUGCUGAUGAAUUUCAAGGGAUCAAGUUUUGGGCUUCUGGGAAGAACAUCUCCAAGAACCAAACGCUUUCUUUCUAUCCAGUCAAGGAUGAGAAAAGGUAUUACAAACUGACUUUUCACAAGCGGCAUAGGGAUCUCGUCAUUGGGCCGUAUCUAAGCCAUGUCCUGAAGGAAGGGAAAGCAAUCAAUGUUAGAAAUCGGCAGCGGAAGCUUUACACCAACAAUGGAUCGCACUGGAGCCAUGUGAUGUUUGAGCAUCCAGCAACGUUCGAAACACUCGCGUUGGAGGCAGAUAAGAAGAAGGAAAUUCUCGAGGACUUGACCACAUUUAGCCAAGCGGAAGAUUUCUAUGCGAGAAUCGGAAGAGCUUGGAAGAGGGGUUACCUACUCUAUGGCCCUCCGGGGACCGGGAAGUCCACCAUGAUCGCAGCCAUGGCAAAUCUUCUGAACUAUGACAUCUAUGACCUAGAACUAACCGCCGUGAAGGACAACACCGAGCUUCGGAAGCUUCUAAUCGAGACCUCGAGCAAAUCCGUGGUCGUGAUCGAGGACAUCGAUUGCUCUCUCGAUCUCACUGCUCAGCGAAGGAAGCCGAAGGAGAGCGAAGAAGCAACUGGCGAGCAGGAUCAGAAGCCGAAACCGCCGAAGGAAGACAGGGAACCUAAACAAAGCCAAGUAACUCUCUCAGGGCUCUUGAACUUCAUCGACGGGCUAUGGUCAGCUUGCGGCGGGGAGAGACUUAUCGUUUUCACCACCAAUUACGUCGAGAAACUCGACCCAGCUCUAAUCAGAAAAGGAAGAAUGGAUAAACACGUUGAGCUUUCCUACUGUAGCUUCGAGGCAUUCAGAGUGUUGGCCAAGAAUUACCUUCUGCUGGAUGACCACCAACUGUUCGACAAAAUUCGCCAGUUACUAGAACAAACUAAGAUAACCCCGGCUGACGUUGCGGAGCAUUUGAUGCCGAAGACCGUCCCGCCGAAUGCCGAGGUUUGCUUGAGUAGUCUGGUGCAGGGACUUGAAGCCGCCGCGGCGGAAGAGGAGGAGGCGAGAUCGAAAGCAGAGGAAGAAGGAAUGAACAAGGAGGAGAAAGAGAUCAGUGCCAUUGUUGAAGAAACGAAAGAGGAAAAUUCUGCGAGCAAAGAAGAAAGCAAGUACAAUCAGCAGUAGCUGGUCCCAAGUAGCAUUUCAUCUAACUGAGAUCUUUCUGGACAUUCACUUUCCUUCUAGCUUUGUUAAUUUGAGCAGUAAAAUGUAAGAUUCCAGUUAUUGCGGUUCUAUCAUCCGUUUGUCAGAACUCUUGAGGAGGAUACAUCGUAGAUUCGUGGUGUCGAUGGUUUCAUAUCAGUUUCGCAAUUCGCACUGUGAUUUGGGCCAAUUCUCAUUUUAUGCAAAGCCCAUCCAGUUUAAACCGUCAAAAUAAUGAAAGCGAGCUUGUGUGGCGGAAGAUAUUCUGCUCUAAAGACGAAUAAGGCCCAACAAAAGCCCAAGUAUCCAUUAACCCAAGUGCCCAUUAGGCCAUUAAGACCGCUCAAUACAGUAAAAAUGCAAAAUAUAUAAACUUUGGAGAGAAAUUGUGUCGGUUUAGCAAGUGAAAUUGUAUGAUCAGUGGUAUAAUCGAUUUAAUUUGUGUCGGUUCAUGUCGACUUAUCAUAAUACGACAUUCCAAAUAAAAUAAUAAGCAUUCAUUUAAAUAUAACAUUUAACAUCAAUAUCUACACGUUUAUACCCGAAUCCAAAAAAUUACAUCAACUUUUAACUUGUAUAUUUGUAAAGUAUAUAAUAAAUUGAUCAUGUCGGUCAUACCGAUGAUAAUUAUAUCAAUUUCAUGACCGGUAUCGGCUGAACCAAAUUCAACCGGCCAGCAUCCCACUAGCAUGACAACCAUACACAGAACAACAAUGUUUUGACUCAUAGAAACCAUAUUCAUCAACAAACUAAACCUUGAAAAAAAGGGGCAUGAAAUGUUCCAUUCCAACCUUUGGAAGCGGUCAUCAUCAUCCUCGUACCAUAGAAAAUGCUGCCAACUACACAUAUAGAAACAAACAUAUUUACUUAUUGAUCUACACUACUAUUCAACGCAUGGUGUGUGUGAAGAUAGACAGAUGACAGUCACUUACUCACUUUUCCUCGUGACAUAAUAGUUUCCUGGAAAAUCCCCCUGGAAAAUAGCCACCAGCCCCGGCCUUUUCCACGAAUUGACCCGCAUAUAAUAACAAUACUAAACUAAUUAAAUAAAAAAAACAAUUAGUGGUUAAACCUUCCAGCAUUAACACAGCUCGGGGCUGUCUAUAUAUGACGAGGAGAAGCAUCCAUAAUCAUUAGUUUAUCAUCUGUCUCUUUAUAUAUAUAGAGAUGGAGGGAGAGAGGCAUUGGUGAGGAACUAUUGGGGAGAGAUUGAGAAGAGUGAGACGAUUGGGAGAGGAGUUGGGGGGUUUCUUGUCGCAGGAGAGAUGGUUUUAACGCUGGUAGCUACACGGACAGAGUCCUCGCCGCCGGCCUGCUAGCUUCUUCCCACCACCGUGGCUUCGCCGGACGGUGGACUAUAUAGUAGUACUAUAGCUCCAUUAAUUAAGACCAUCCUCUGGUGACACGAUACCCUCUCAAUUUCUAGUCCACUACGGUACGGUAGCUAGCUAGACAUGGGAAGGAGUACUGUAGGUGAAUCUUUUCAGCUCUGCCUACGUUUCUUCUUUCUUCAUCAUCUUCUUCUGUUAAUUGGUCUUGAAUUUGCAGCUAGGGAUGGCAACAAAACCCGAACCCACGGGUACCCACCCGACCCAAUUCGGUCAACGCGGAUAAAAUCCGUGUUGACGGGUUUUGGGCCGGGUUCGGGUUUAAACCCGCUACACUAUUCACCGGGUCGGGUUGUGUUUGGGUUUAGGUAAACCCGACCCAUGGGUACCCGCCCACACACAUAUAAUUACUUUUCCGGUAUAUUUAAUAUUCUAAAUAAUAUAUUUUCCUUAAGCAAUUAAUAUUCUUUGUGCUUGUGGAGACAUGUAUAAUUUGUUCUUUCUAAUUGUUUAGAAUGAAGUUGAUAUUAUGAAGUGGAGAGUGAAGAAACUUAGUUGACGAGGAAGAAGCUUUCAAUUAAUAUUUUGUUUAUAGAUGUUUAUCUUUAAUUUUGAACAAUUUGUAUUGAUCAUUUGCGGUUUGCUUGUAUGCUCUAGAUUGGUGUUUUUUUGUAUGAUUAAUUUGUAUGAGAAAAUUGAUGUUUAACUUUUAUUUUGAAAGAAACUUGUUAUUGUAAAUUUUUUACCAUAAAAACCCACGGGUACCCAUGAACCCGCGGAUACCCAGCGGGUUGGGUUGGGUUUGAGUUUUUCAAACCCAACGGGUUUUACCCCGGGUUUUUUUGGCGGAUAAACCCAUGGGUUUGGGUUUGACAAAACCCGCCCCAACCCGACCCAUUGCCAUCCCUAUUUGCAGCACCGAAGGUAGAUAAUAUGAAAUUUUGUCUUUUUUUCUUCUUCUUUUCUUCUCCAUGUCAGGCCAGGGAUGGUUGGUGGGCCCAAAGUUCUUGGGCUCCAAGUUCUUUGGGCCAUAGACUUCCGGGGGAGUGGGCCCACUCACAAUAUUCGACAAAUUGCCAGUGGCCAGUUUGCCUUCUGAAGACUUGGAAGGUUUACUAUUCACGUUGACUCUGGUACUCUCAUUCUGAAGAUUUGCAGGAAGAGAUGGACUGGAACUGGAGAGUGGAUUAUAGCAUUCACAAUCGAAGCAAACGAUGUUUAAGUAUUCAAACUUGAUCCGUACAAUUCAAAAUAAUUUUAUUUUGAUUUUUUUUAUCACUUCCUGCAAAUCAGCUUAACCCUCUGAAUUACAACAACUGCCCUGCCAUCGUGCGUGCAUGUUUGGGAUGGAGGAUAGAUAGAGAAACUAAAUGACCAGAAAAGAGGCUAGAAAUCCACACAGCAUUUUCUGGCAGGAUUUCUGGCGACCAACACAACCCGGCGAUUGUCUCCAAGACUACUACAGAGUCCAUCUUAACGAAGAGGUAGAGGGUUGCAAAUUUUGGGAUGAAGAAGAAACGCCGGGAAUAAAAGGAGAUGCAUCAGGAGUAGGAGCGAAUCACGAGAAAAAAAAGUGAAUCUGAAAUGUCGAUGCCACCCUAAACUCUGUCAACCGCCAGCCGUUUGACGAAGGGAAAACGCAGGGGGGAAAACGCGUUCGAUGAAGCGACGAUGCGAAGAGAGGAUUCAACGGGUGAGAUUAAACUUGAGGUUGUAUAUGGACGGCUAUCCGCGUGACAUAUAGGAAAAGUACGCUACACCCGCCUUAAACGACAGCUUAGAUAAAUGGUAAGGAUGAGCGACAACUAUCCGUGCAGGCUACUUAUGGUAGACUCGUUCGUUACCCACUGGACCCCUUAAGCAAUUAGGCGCUAUUUAUAUACUGAUAACAACAUCCAAAUCGACGUGACUAAAUUUCAGUUUCGUUA